UCGCAGACCUAUCUGGGGACAGUGCGUUUUUCGAGGGAACUGGGAGCUUUCAGCACGAAAUCUACCGAACCAUGAAGCAGCAAAACAGUGGUGACUGGGAAGCCUAUCGCCCGCACACCAACGUGCUGUGGCUUCACUACUUGCUGACGAAGUUGUUGAAGAAGCUCCCCAAGACAAAACAAGUCGCGGAUGUCGUUGAGCCGUCCACUUCUCGCGGCCGACUAGCCGCCUGGGAGGACGUGAUCCUGUCGUUCUCGUCGGCCGAAGAGUUCGUGGCACAACAGGUCAUCCCCCACCUCGAACGCGACGCCGAGGUACCGCGCUGAGCGAGGCACGCGCCAUGAAUCUUCCGACGCGCCGCUAAGUGCGCCGUUGUCGUGCGUUUAGUGAUACAUGCAAAAGAGAAAAUACAAAAAAUGUUUAUAUAAUAUCUAUAUAUUUUAUUUGAGGCUCUGCAAAGAUGUAUAAUUUAUCGGAGAAGGCUGCUGAUAUCUUUACCAAAUUUGUGUUCGUUAUUUAUAUUUCUCAUCACAAAUUUCUUUGUUUGAAAGAUUGCAUGCCGCAAUUCCACCUUAGAAACUUUACAUUUUUAA